UCCAGAGCUGGUCGCUCGAGGGAGCUUCUUGGGGAGCUUGGUCCCUUGCCCCUUCGUGAACUGCCUGAUGUGUGGAGAAAAAGACGGUGAGAGGGGUCAAGGCGAAGCUCACCACCAGGCGCCCCUCGAUCCUCCUGCGAGCAAGGAUCGUGCUCGUCUGUCCCGCGCGCCCGCUGGGAUGUUCCGCCAGUGGUCGGUGCAGUCAGGACCGGCCCCCCGACGGCCUGGAUCCCUUGCGGCAGCUGAGGAGCUGUGGGAGGAAGAAGUGGAGCGGCUGUGCGCCUCCCGGGCGCCGGUACGGAUGCUGCCCUACGCCAUGGCCGACAGGCGCUUCAUCCGGGAUCUGCGGGAGCCCGAGGGGGUGAAGACCUCCUGCCGACAGCGGUGGUGUCGCAGAGGGCAGAUGGCCCGACAGCACCUCAGGGAGGCAGCGCAGAAGCUGGCUCAUGGCUUCGGGCUUUGGGAGGGAGCACUCUACGAGAUUGGGGGCCUCUUCGGGACCGGGAUCCAGUCAUACUUCACUUUCCUUCGCUUCCUGCUGCUGCUCAACCUGCUGACCCUGCUGAUGACCGCCAGUUUCAUCCUGCUGCCCCUGGUGUGGCUCCGCCACCCUGAGCCAGGCCCUGCCUUGAAACUGACAGGCCUCCAGUGCUCCGGCAGCCACCCGUCCCUGAGCGGCAUUCCGAAGUUCCACAACCCACUUUGGAAUAUUUUAACUGGCAGGGCCUUCAACAGCACCUAUCUCUUCUAUGGUGCCUACCGGGCAGAGCCAGAGCACAGCUCAGCAUACAGCAUCCGCCUGGCCUACCUCCUCACCCCAAUGGCUUGCCUGCUCCUCUGCUUCUGCGGGACACUGCAGCGGAUGGUACAGGGACUGCCACAGCAGCCACUCCUGGGCCAGGGCUACAGGGCACCCCUCAGCGCCAAAGUCUUCUCAUCCUGGGACUUCUGCAUCCGGGUGUGGGAAGCUGCCACCAUCAAGAAACAUGAAAUCAGCAAUGAACUGAAGGUGGAGCUGGAAGAGGGCCGUCGCCUGGAGCUGGCUCAACAGCAGACCCGCACCCAGAAGGCCUGCCACCUGCUCACCUAUCUGCGUACCAAUGUCCUCAUUGCACUCCUAGUGGUUGGAGCCAUCAGCGCCAUCUUCUGGGCCACCAAGUACUCACAGGACAACAAGGAGGAGUCCCUUUUCCUGGUGCUGCAGUACCUGCCCCCUGGAGUCAUUGCCCUGGUCAACUUCCUGGGUCCCCAACUGUUCACGGUGCUGAUCCAGCUGGAGAACUUCCCUCCCAGCACUGAGGUCAACCUCACCCUAAUCUGGUGCGUGGUACUGAAGCUGGCCAGCCUGGGGAUGUUCUCCUUCUCGCUGGGUCAGACUGUGCUGUGCAUAGGCAGAAACAAGACCAGCUGCGAGACCUACGGCUACAACGCCUGCGAAUACCAGUGCUGGGAGAACUCCGUGGGUGAAGAGUUAUAUAAAUUAAUCAUCUUCAACUUCCUGCUCACCGUGGCCUUCGCCUUCCUGGUCAGCCUGCCUCGGAGGCUGUUAGUGGAACGCUUCUCAGGCUGGUUCUGGACUUGGCUGGACCGGGAGGAGUUCCUGGUGCCCAAGAAUGUGCUGGACAUCGUGGCUGCGCAGACCGUCACCUGGAUGGGCCUCUUCUACUGCCCCCUGCUGCCGCUCCUCAACAGUGUCUUCCUCUUUCUCACCUUCUACAUCAAGAAGUACACCCUCCUGAGGAACUCCAGGGCGUCCCCAAGGCUGUUCCGAGCCUCCAGUUCCACCUUCUUCUUCCAACUGGUGUUGCUCCUGGGCUUGCUCUUGGCUGCGGUCCCUCUGGCCUACGUGAUCAGCAGCACCCACUCCUCCUGGGACUGUGGCCUCUUCACCAACUAUUCAGCCCCCUGGCAGGUGGUGCCAGAACUGGUGACCCUCCAGCUCCCACUUCCUGGCCAGCGUGCCCUCCGGUACCUCAGCUCCCACGCCUUCAGCUUCCCUCUCCUCAUUCUGCUCAGCCUCGUCCUGACCGUGUGCGUUUCCCAGUCCCGGGCGAACGCCAGAGCUAUCCAAGGGCUGCGGAAGCAGCUGGUGUGGCAGGUCCAGGAGAAGUGGCACCUGGUGGACGACUUGUCGCGGCUGCUGCCCGAGCUGAGCCCGGAGCCCGAGUCCCCUCGCCCUCGCUCUCGAGCUUCGCGUCCGCGGUCCUUCUGCCCAGGAUUCCCGUGCCCAGGUUCACCCGGCCCCAGGACACCCCGUCUGGGACCCUCCACCAGGCUGAGCUCCUCGAGCUCCGGAGCCCGCAGUGCCUCGGUUCCUGUCUCCAGAUUUCACUUCCCUAGCCGCACAGAGAUGUAGCACCGAUCGCCCCACAGCCCACCCCACCCCCGGUUCUGCCACAGCUUCCUCCAGCGCCCCCACUCCCAUCCGUUACCCGAGGAUCCCUAGUCUGAGGAGCCACUGCCUACAGCUGGCCCCAGGCUUCAUCCUCAGGUCAGCAGGAAGAACAUGAGAAUGUCUACCUCUAUUUUAUUUUGUCUUAUCCCUUCAGAUGUUUUAUUGAGUGUUUUAUAGUGUACAUAAUGGUAUGUAUAUC